AUGUGGAAUAAUGGUGUUGAUCCUGGAGAGCCAGCCUUUUUAACUCCUUAUUUAGAGAAGGGUGAAAUUGACAAAGCUCGUGAAUUAAGUAUGGUAUCAAAUCUAAAAAAUUUACCAAUUAAAAGUUAUUCUGGAUUAUUAACAGUCAACGAAACCUAUAGCAGUAAUAUGUAUUUCUGGUUCUUCCCUGCACAGGUGGAUCCAGCUAAUGCACCAGUAUUGCUUUGGUUACAAGGAGGACCAGGGGGUUCUUCUUUAUUUGGCUUAUUUGUUGAACAUGGACCAUAUACAGUUUUAGAAGAUGGAACAUUGACAUUGAAGAAUAUAACAUGGAACAAGAAAUAUUCAUUGUUAUAUAUAGAUAAUCCAGUAGGGACAGGAUUUAGUUUUACUGAAAACAAUAAAGGAUAUGCUACUAAUGAAAUUGAUGUUGGAAUUAACCUCUACAAGGCCUUGGUUCAAUUUUUCCAGAUUUAUUAUGAAUAUCAGAAAAAUGAUUUUUAUAUAACAGGAGAGUCUUAUGCUGGUAAAUACGUGCCUGCUAUAUCAUAUAGAAUACAUCUAGAGAAUCCUAAAGCUAAAAUUAAAAUCAACUAUAAAGGAAUGGCAAUAGGAGAUGGCUUAUGUGAUCCAGAAACAAUGAUGGAUAAAUAUGCUAACUUUAUGUAUAAUAUUGGAACAUUAGACGAAAAUCAAAGAGAUUUUUUCCAAUCACAAACUGAUCAAGCUAUUCAAUUUAUAAAACAACGUAAAUUUUUACAAGCUUUUAGGAUAUUUGACUUUUUAUUAAAUGGUGAUGAAACUAAAGGACCAGCAUUUUAUCAGAAUGCUACUGGUAGUACAGACUAUUAUAAUCUUCUUAGAUCUAAGUCACCAGCAUCUUUCGGUUACUAUAAUGAUUUCCUAGCUGAUCCUAGUGUAAGAAAAGCUAUUCAUGUAGGCAACCUGACAUAUAAUGAUGGUUCUGCUGUAGAAAAAUAUUUGGUAAAUGACAUAAUGGACACUGUUAAACCAUGGAUUUCUGUUUUAUUAGACCAUUAUAAGGUUAUGAUAUAUAAUGGUCAACUAGAUAUUAUUAUAGCUGUACCGUUAACAGAAUCCUGGUUACAAACUGUACCAUGGUCUGGUCUAGAUGAUUAUAAGAAGGCUCCACGUGGCAUAUGGAAAGUAAAUGAUGAUAUUGCUGGUUAUUACAGACAAGUUAAGAAUUUCUACCAGAUUAUCGUAUUAGGUGCUGGUCAUAUAUUACCUCACGACCAACCAGAGAGAGGUUAUGAUAUGAUACAGAGAUUUAUUGAAAAUAGAGGUUUUGACUAG